AUGCCAUUCGAUUAUUUUAUAACCCCCAAACGACGAGCGAACCGAACACCAAGUGACGGCCAUUGGAAUUUUGUUGAAAGAUUUUUCCGCGUUUUGAGGGAGUACGAAGAGUGUUAUAGUGUGGGUAAAAAAUACGCCCGGGCCCUCUACAAAUUGGAGAUAGAGCACAAAUGCCGAACAGCCGGAAGAAUGUCGCAGUUUUUUGGCGACAUUAAGCCGCCAGUGCCAAGAAGCCUGCGGUUACCUACAUUCUUGGUGCUAUUUUUUGUUAGUAUAUUCUUUGUUGCCUCGCGAUUUGAGGGCCAUAUCCCUUCCUAUCGUAAUGCCCUUCGGAUACCUCAAAACCCCAAGACUAUCAUUAUUAUUACACCAACCUAUAGAAGAAACACCCGGCUAGCAGAUAUGACCAGAAUGGCCAACACCAUUCGCCAGGUCCCCAACCUGCACUGGAUCGUCAUCGAGGACGGCGAGACCAGAGUGGCUGCCGUGGAAAAGUUGCUGAAUCGAACGCAACUCCCUUACACUUAUAUUCCAGCAAAAACGAAGCCAGGAUAUCCCAGGAGAGGCUGGUACCAACGUGAUACUGCACUGGGGUACUUGAGGAAUUACACCAGUCGGAUAACUGGAAACUCCAAAGACGCUGUGGUAUAUUUUGGCGAUGACGACAACGCCUAUGAUCUUAGACUUUUUGAGGAAUACAUCAGAAAUGUCAAGAAGAUUGGAAUUUGGGGAGUCGGUCUGGUCGGCGGUAUCCUCGUCGAGUCCCCGGCCGUCCAAAAAGGCAAAGUCGUCGGCUGGAACGUCAACUGGUUCGCCAAGCGAAAAUUCGCCACCGAUAUGGCUGGCUUUGCGAUUCAUUUGAAUGUGAUUUUGAAUUCCACGGCCGUCUUCGGGUCAUCGUGCAAGCGGGGCGCUGGCGCGCCGGAGACCUGCCUGCUGGAAGACUUGGGUUUGACGAGGGAUGAUCUUGAGCCGUUCGGGUUGGAAACGGAUAAGCACGAACUCUACGUGUGGCACACAAAAACGCUGCAGGGCAAAUACGACAAGACAAAAAUGGAUCUCCACGGGUAUAUUGUCGAG